GGCAGUCACCCCUCACAAUUUGAGAAAAAAAUAGUUUUCAUUUGUUGCCCUUCCUUUUUCUUUUUUUUUUUUUUUUUUCAGCAUUAACAAAUGUCUAGAGUUGCACGUUGUAUACCUAUUGUUUCUCGACUUGCUCGACCUUCAGUACCAACCCGUCGCUUCAUUUCCACGUAAUUAUCUAUUUUGACGGCAGCAUGCACAUGACCAAGCAUAUUAAAUAAAAUAAAAAUAGUCCUGCUGCCAAUGAACAAGACCCUCGUAUUGAAAUGUUGAAUGCUACCAUGCCAUUUGUUGCUCAAUCGGGCUGGACCAUGCACAGUUUAAUGCAAGGUGCAAAAUCACUUGGCUAUCCCUCUGUUGCACAUGGCAUGUUUCCUGGUGGGGAAUCAGGGCUUAUUGAUGCUCAUUUAGCUUACCAACGUGACGUUUUCGUUCAAGCUGUGCAAGAAAAGAAAGCCGAAUUAGACUUGUUACCCAUGAAUGAAAGAGUCAAGGUGUUGACCUUACUUCGUUUGGAUAUGAACAAACCUUAUAUUCAUAAAUGGCCAGAGGCACUUGCCAUUAUGGGUCGCCCUUCCAAUGUGGCCAUGUCCUUGAAACACUUGGGCGAUAUUGCUGAUGAUAUUUGGUAUUAUGCAGGCGACCGAAGCCCAGAUAUGAACUGGUAUACAAAGCGUGCUUCAUUAGCCGCGGUUUACAGUGCAGCUGAUGUAUUUAUGACACAAGAUUUAUCCCCUAAUUAUACCGAAACGGAAAGAUUCUUGACGUCCAGAUUAGAUCAGGCCGCUUGGAUUGGGUCCUCCACACGUCAGUUGGGUACCAUGUUGACAUUCGGUGCCAAAAGUUUGGUCAGUGUUCUCGCCAACCGUGGUGGUCGAUUUUAAAUAAAAAACAUGUAUUUACAAUCUAAUAUAUACAAACAAGUAUGCAAAAAAAAAAAAAAAAAAAAAAAAAAAAAAAAA